GGCGGCCGCUUCUACACCGCCGGCGGGACCACGGCCCAGAGCCUUGAGCCGGACGAGGAGACGGCCUCGGCCCCCGGAAGGGGCGCGAUGGAUGGAACCCAGUCCUGAGAGGCCUGCAUGCACUCAGCAGGAGCCGACCCUGGGAAUGGACGCGAUGGCCUCGGAACACAGGGAUGUCCUCGUGCUGCUGCCCAGCCGGGAGCAACUGCGGCUGGCCGUGGGGGUGAAGGCUACUGGCCGCGAGCUUUUCCAGCAAGUGUGCAACGUGGCGAGCAUCAGAGACGCCCAGUUCUUUGGCCUCUGUGUGGUCAGAAACAAUGAGUAUAUAUUUAUGGAUUUGGAGCAAAAGCUCAGCAAGUACUUCUCUAAAGAUUGGAAGAAAGAAAGAAAUGAAGGAAAUGAGAAAUCCAGAGCCCCCUUCGUGGCCUUCCUCCGAGUGCAGCACUACGUGGAAAACGGAAGGGUCAUAAGCGACCACAGGGCACGGCACCUGUACUACUGCCACUUGAAGGAGCGCGUGCUGAGGUCACAGUGCGCUCACCGGGAGGAAGCCUACUUCCUGCUGGCUGCCUGGGCGCUGCAGGCUGACCUGGGCGAGCACCGGGAGCCGGCCCAUGCCGGGAGGUACUUCGAGCCACACUCCUACUUCCCACAGUGGAUCAUCACCAAGAGGGGGAUUGACUACAUCCUCCGGCACAUGCCUACCCUGCACCGUGAGCGCCAGGGCCUGAGCCCCAAGGAGGCCAUGCUGUGCUUCAUCCAGGAGGCCUGCCGGCUGGAGGACGUGCCCGUGCACUUCUUCAGGCUGCACAAGGAUAAGAAGGAAGGUCAUCCCACCGUGAUCCUGGGACUGGCCCUCAGGGGAGUGCACAUCUACCAGGAGGUGGACCGUGCUCCGCAGCUGCUGUACGACCUCCCCUGGCCCCACGUUGGGAAGCUGGCAUUUCUGGGAAAGAAGCUGGAGAUCCAGCUGGAUGGGCUGCCCGCAGCACAGAAGCUGGUUUACUACACGGGCUGCACCUGGCGGUCCAGGCACCUGCUGCACCUGCUGCGCGCCAGCCACCAGCUCCACCUCCGCGUGCGGCCCACUCUGCAACAGCUGCGGCAGCGGGAGGAGGCGGAAGAGAAGCAGCACUACCGGGAGUCCUAUAUCAGCGAUGGGCUGGAGCUGGACCUGGCCAGCAGGAGCUUCCCGGGCAGUGGGGUCAGCAGCCAGCACUGCCCCCGCUGCCUCUCACGCCACUCCGCCGACAGCCACGGCAAUUCCUACACGUCAGGCAUCAAGGCCAACUCCUGGCUCAGGGAAUCCAGAGAGAUGUCUGUGGACGUGCCCUUGGAGGUCCACGGGCUCCAUGAGAAGGAGCCGUCCUCCAGCCCCAGGACCAGCCGCAGCCACCCCAGCACACGUGGUGACAGCCAAGCCACUCGCCAGGAGCCCUGCACCGAGGUCAGGACCAGAGGCCAGAGCGCCGAGGCCGUGCACCAGAUCCAGGAAAUGAAAGCCGGGGUCAGUGAGGAGCAGCACAGCCACGGCCUGGACGACAUGCAGCUGCACCAGCUGGCCCUGCACCCAGCGCCCGCCUCACUCAGCCAUACCUUCCACUGCGCCCUGGACUGCAGGCUGGCAGGCCCCUGCGAGACCAGGGCCACUCUCCCCAGCAAGAGGUCCAGCAACUGUCUCGCCCUGGACCUGUUCGGAGAGACCCCACCACAGGAGUUUGUGGUGUAGGCACCACCCACCCAGCAGUACCGUCUGCACCGCCAGGCUCAGCCCCUGCCCACCCCACUUCCACAUGGCCGUCAGCCCUUCCUGCCCGCCAGAUGCUGCCUGCACCUCCGCAGCCAGCACGCUC